UACGUCCUAACGCUCUGUGCUUAGCGGAAGCGCCAAGACGCCCCAGCCGGCCCGGAAAUUAUUUCUGCGAGCGAGCCGGAAGCGGGAAGGAAGACUGCUGUGACCGUGUGGGACGGAACCGGACUCGGAGUGGCGUCCCUCCGCUAAGCGCUCAGGUUUCAAAAUCUGGCAACAGAAUUCCCUGCAUGGAAGGCACUGAUGACCCAGUCGAUAGCUUCGGAGGCUGGAAUGCAGCUGCGGAAAGGGAAAGAUCCUCGUUGCCGAGAGCUGAUUCAGUUUGCAGUGCUGUGCAGAGCCAUCACACUCCUGCUGCAGGCCAUUUUCAACCUGCUGAUCCCGGACCAUGCUGCAGACGCUUUCUCCCCGCCCCGCUUGUCUGAGUCUGGAUUCUGUGACUGGCUCGUGGAAAAGCUUCUGGGCGGUCUGUCCCGUUGGGAUGCGGAGCACUUCUUGUUCAUCGCGGAGUAUGGCUACGUGUACGAGCACAACGGUGCCUUCUUCCCCCUGUUUCCCCUGAGCCUGCAAGUGGUGGCAGAGACGGUGCUGUGGCCUCUUCGAGGCUUCCUGUGCCUCAGGAGCCGCCUGCUCCUUUCUGCGGCUCUGCUCAACUCCCUCUUCUCUGUCCUGGCCUCUUGGGCCCUCUAUGAGCUGGGCUGCGCGGUCCUGCAGUGCCACAGGAAGGCCUUCCUGUCGGCCAUCUUCUUCUGCCUCACCCCUGCUAACGUCUUCAUGGCAGCUGCUUAUUCAGAAAGCAUGUUUGCCCUCUUGGUGUUUGGAGCCAUGUGGCAGCUAGAAAAGGGGCGGCGUUGGACCAGCACCCUUCUCUUUGCCGUCGCCACUGGCGUGCGCUCCAACGGGCUAAUCAAUGCUGGGUUUCUCCUCUAUUCCCGGACAAAACACUUUGCUUCCCAGCUCCAAGCAGAGACAGGAAGUGGAACAAAGUUGUGGCAGAUCCCGCGUCAGUUCCUAAUCUGGGCCGCUUCUCUGGUGGUGAUGUCCAUCCCUGUUUUCCUACCUUUUGCUUUGUUUCAGUUCUACGCCUUCCUCAAGUUCUGCAAGCCCAGUAUUAGCCCUGAGUUUGCUCUCCCAGAGCCACUGUUGCAGCUAGCUGUGGAGAAAGGGUAUCGUGUUGCAGGAUUAAAGGGUGUGGAACCCCAGUGGUGCUCCUGGGAUUUGCCUGUGCUGUACACCUAUAUUCAAGACGCCUACUGGAAUGUGGGCUUUCUCAGGUACUUUGAGCUCAAACAGAUCCCCAACUUCCUUUUGGCUGCACCCACUAUUGUGCUGGGCUCUUGGGCAGCCUGGAGGUACAUCCGUGCAAAUCCCUGGCACUGCCUCGUGCUUGGCCUGCUGAGAAGAAAGGCUGGAGGAGUGAAGAGAGAAGACUCUGGCAAGCCGGCUGCUGGAUUCUGCUCUCCAGGUGUAUUGGUUUACCUCGUCCAUGCCAUGGCUCUCUUGAUAUUUGGGACCUUUUGCAUGCACGUUCAGGUUCUUACAAGAUUUUUGGGCUCCUCUUCACCAGUCCUUUACUGGUUUUUUGCUCAUCUCCUUCAUGACCACGAACCUCUCCUGCAGAACAGAGACCAAUCUACGGGGCAUGCUACACUCCACUUUGAGAAGCCUUCCUUAGGCAAUUCUCUUCCGAGCGGGAACAGAAAUGAAAACCUGGUGCUAGCACUCUUGAGUAACUGGCGACAGACUACCACUCUCACCAAAUGCAUUCUAGCAUAUGUCCUUUCCUAUUGGCUGCUGGGGCUGGUUCUUCACUGUAAUUUCUUUCCUUGGACAUAAGAGCUUGAGAAACCACCACAUGGGUAGCCAGCUUUCUGAUGGGAACACAGUGACUGAACAUAUUUCAGCUUUGCACUGUUUUGGAGCCAAGUAAUCUCUCAAACCUUCUGUGAAGGUAUUCUUGUAUGCAUUAAAUUGAGACACAAAUUAGGCAAGGAGAAUCACCACCAAUUUUGCCUGCCAUUGUGAGAAAGUAUAAGUGUCCAGCUUUCACCAGAAACAAAAGCAUGCAUAGUGUACACGCACACACACAAUUUCUGCAAUUAGCUAAUAUAUUAAAAAGCCAUAGGAAUAUAGGAGGCUGCCUGAUACUGAGUCAGACCACUGGUCCAUUUGGCUCAGUAUUGUCUACACAGACUGGCGGCGGCUUCUCCAAGGUUUCAGGCCGGAGUCUUUCCCAGCCCUACUUGGAGAUGCCAGGGAUUGAACCUGGGACCUUCUGCAUGCAAAGCAAAUGCCUUACCAGUUCUAAUAUCAAUACUCCAGCAUGACACCCCCCUCCCAAAAGGAAGUCAAGGCUAUGUUAUACAGCUAAAGAGGUGGAGUUGUGCCAAUAGGAAUAUGCUUUGUUUCCAAAGACCAGGUUAUCAGGGAGCAGGUUAAGCCCCCACUCCAGGGAUGUCCCGGAGUCUACAUCCUUUCUCUUACCUAAGUGAAUAGUUUCCAUUUCCAUUUCCUCCUAUGGAAAGUGAGGUUCUGCACUUUGGGAUGGUGUUGCAGUGGGCUUUGGCACAGACCCUGGCUGGGCCCCACUGACAGGGAUCCUGCAGGAAAGUGCACUCUCAGGGCACAGAUACAAACUGAACUUCCUUGCAACAUGCAAGCCCUCCAUCUCCACAUCAGUGAGGGCAUUUUGCCGGUAGAUCAACAGAAGCUGUGUGUAACGGUAUAAUUCUUUUCUAAUCCUGUAUAAUGGGUCUAUGUGGACAGCAGGUGGUGAGUCAUUGCUCAGGCACUGCUUCUCUUUUGGUCACAUCUUCUGUCAUUUCACUAAUGCAGCCAUUUUUUCUUUUGUUGCCUUCUGUAAUGGGCAUUUCUGUGCGCUGGAUGUGUUCAGUCAUCUCUUCUGUGCAGCUGGUAUAGACAGUUCUUCUUUGUAGUCCUUGUACUUUACACGUAUGGGCUCUGUGCAUGCGUGGAGGCCCAUCCGGGAACUUUCCAAGCUCCUCUUAGCUCUCAAGUUCAGGUGGGAAAGAGCCCCACCUCCAUCUCUCUCUCUCUCUCUCUCUCUCCCUCCCCAAGUGCCUCUCCUGUUCCUUAGUUCUCCUUCAUCCACUGCAUUCUUUAAUUUGCCGGCGGCUCAGAAAACCUCUGGCUCUGGGAGACUAUUGCUCUCUUUCUCUUUAAUCUUUAGUCACCUUUUAUUCUGACCUCUAAAUGUUAUUUUCCUGUUCAUUUGCCCCCCCUCUUCUUUUAUCACCCCCUCCUUUUCCCCUCAUUCCCAUGUCCCACGGGGGUGUAUGGCCAACAAAGUCACUUUGAAAAGGUGCAGAGCUUGCUGUGCAAAAGUUCCUGCUUUGGACGGCCACCAGCUCAGCCUUCUUUUUUUGGGAGAAACCCAUAUCACAGACUCCUAUUCCGACUGCCAAAAUUUUACCCACCAGGCAUGCUGCAAUAGGGCAGCGAGAUUGAGAGCCAAUCUCAAUCCUCCUGCCUAAGCAAAUAGUGACUAUGCCCUCCGUCCCAUCCCAUUAGGACACCACUACCACAGGGACUGGGCUGGUACCUCUGGUAUCUACCACUACCAUGAGAUGGCCUGCCACUGUGCAGUACGCUUGUGCUCCCUUGGGACCAACAGGGUCUUCGGUUCCCACUGCACCACUGCCCAUGCCAGC